AUGGCCAGCAAGGGCUGUGUUGCACCCACCACCCCUGACUCGGACCUCGGGCCGUUUUGGUGUGGCAGCUCGGCGGGCUGGCACCAGCGAGGCCAAAUGCAGCUGGCCUGCAACGGCCCCCGAAGUGCAACUUGGUUCGCGGGCUCCACUGGCGGCAAUCAGCGGCUGUCGCCGCAGAACGACGUCAUUCCGUUUGAAUAA